AUGGCAGAUUUACCAUUUACAUAUGAUGAUGAGUCAAAAGUUGAUGAAUCGAUUGAAUGUCCAAUUUGUUAUUGUCCGUUGAUCGACCCGGUUGAGCAUUCAUCCUAUCAAUCACAAUGUGUUCAUAUGUUUUGUAGAGCAUGUGUUGGCAAGUUGGACAAGUGUCCCUUUUGUCGUAUGGCUGUUGAAAAGUGGGAGGCCGUCGCUCUGACUCCAUCAACACAACGAUUUAUAUUUGGACCACUCGCCGAGUUAAAGGUGACCUGUUCAUCAUGUACCAUGCCUACCACUAGAAAGGAGAUUGUAAAACAUGUCGAGACUUGUGGUAUCAAGCUACCAUCUGGUUUUGUACCAGUUGCUGUUAAUACUCAUGCUGCUAAUAAUACCAAUAAUGCCAAUAAUGGUCAAGGUUUCAUUCAACAAAUUGGUUCAACAACUAGAAAUAUUAUUCAAUCAUUUAGAGGUACUGGUCAAAAUCAAAAUAAUCAAAAUAAUAAUCAAAAUAAUAAUAAUAAUAAUAAUCCAACUACUAACAACAAUCAAAAUAAUCAACAACAACAACAACAACUCCCCGAUACUAACGCAAUUAAUAAUGGUAAUAAUAAUGAUGGAAAUCAACAUAUGACAAUUCAACAAAUACCAAUCCAACAGCAACAACAACAACCACAACAAAUACCAAUCCAACAACCACAACAACAAAUACCACCAUAUCUUCAACAACCACAACAACAAAUACCACCAUACCAACAACAACCAUAUCAACAACAACAACAACAACAACAACAAAUACCAAGUGCACCAAGAUAUAUUCAAGGACAAAGUUUUAAUGAUCAUAAUUCUGUUACGGUUCAAUCCCAAUCGAUUGUACCAUCGACAGUUGUACCGAUUUCAUCGAUUUAUACUGCACCACAAAUGAAUAAUCCAGUAUACAGUCCAUAUACUCCCUAUUCACCAUAUGGACAUGCCAACUCGAGAACUUAUAAUACAUACUAUGGAGGCGGUAGUGCAAUGGGUGGUGUAGGCUACUCUAGUAACUAUCCACCUCCCCCAUCUUCCAUUUAUGUUGCACCACCUGCUCAUCUUCAACAACAACAACAACAAUCAGUGUAUACACCCAACAAUAUCAACAACUAUGGUACUGGUAAACCAUCAUACCCACCUCCACCAGUAUACUCAUUUCACAAUACUGCAGCACAAACCUCUGCAUUCAACAACCCAUCACAAAUGCAAUCGUCUGUUUUUAUGGCUCCAUCUCUACCAUCACAUUUGUCAUUUGACACUUCCUUGGCACUAUCGGCUACAGCUUCGCUAAUGCCAGAACCACCCAAAACAUUCAGUCCUAAAACAAUCGAGUAUGCAGGUCAAGUAUACCUCGAAGGUGAAGUACUUGCCAACCGUAAAUUCAACGGGUCACUAUUCAGUGGUAUCGAGAUGAAACACUGUAAUAUCGUCGCAGCACAGUUUGUCAAUUGUUUCUUUGAAAACUGUCAGUUUGAUACAUGUGAUUUCCAACAAUCAAUCUUUAUCGAUUGUGUCUUUGACAGUUGCACUCUAUCACUGUGUAACAUGUCAAUGUCGGAGCACCAAAACACCUAUUUCCAUCUGUGUACCACCGGUGAGACCAAUAUGUUUGGCAUCAAGACAUCCAAACUCAACUUUGGCAACUGUACCCUAAACUCUACCAACUUUGCCCAAGCCCAAUUAGCCGGUGCCCUAUUCCAAACCAGUUAUCUCACCAACUGUAACUUUUCAAGUGCCCAUAUGUACAAUACCGAUCUUUCAUCAUCCAAACAAAUCAGUUGUCUAUUUAAAGAUGCCAAUUAUAAUCCAACAAUAUUAAUUAAUAAUAAUAGUCAUAUUACAGGCAACAAUAUUAAUAGUGAUGGUUCAGUCAUCUCAAGUGUUAAUAAUAACCCCUCAAUGGUUCAUCAUAUUAAUCUAAAUUCAAAUCCAUCACCACAACCAACAGCUUUAAAAUAUACUUUUAAAUAA